AUGUUACUCCAGCUCUUUCCUGUGCGCACUCAAGGUGCUCCACAGACCAAAGGCUCAACAAGUCUUGGUCUAUUAACGCCAGAUGCUGCCAGAGGUCUCAGAGGCAGGAAUCGUUCGGCUUCCAUUCAAAGUGCUUGUAGUGGAUCUCAACCUCCUGCUGCAAGAGCAGGCAGUAUAGGACAUGCAUGCUCACCCUUAGGACUUGCCCACACAUCUAGAUCACCCAGCAAUGGUACAGGUUCUCAGUCACAGACUGCUGUUAGCGCAUCUCGCCCUCACAACAAUUUACAAUCUGCAAUGUCUGAUGAAUCGCUCGAUGAACCUAUUAUUGCAGGUGUACACCGCCGCCAAGCUGAUUCAAGUCCUAGUCGUGGCGACCCAACUGUCCUUACACCUGUGCGAACAAAGAGAAUCGAAGGUCGCUGGAGACUUAGUGCUUCACAACUCUUUGAUACAGCUACCUGCCUGCAGACCAGAGGGAUAUACUACAUGCUCAUUGACAUCAAGGCCACCUUAUUGAGGCGGAAUGAUGAUACCCGGAAUGUGGAACUCACUCAGUUGAAAGAACUGCUAGAUUCUAAGGACUUCAAGUCUGGAAUCCAGAACCGUCUCACUGUGUGCAUGCUGUCACCCAAUAUCACUGCAUAUGUCACUGAUGCACAUUGUCACAUCAUGGACUUCAUCAGGGAGCACCACAAUGUAUUCAAAAUCCCUGCAGCAAUGUUGGAAGAUGCGGAACUUAAUGCGCAACUGUCGAAACUGGUCAGCGACUUGCUUUGCUCAAUCCGCGGCAACAUAAAGGCUAAGACUGCAAAAUCUCUCGCUCAUCACUGUGGCAUUGAGGUUGAUUCCAUGCACUGGAAUAGGUUCGCAUUUUUGCGCUGCUUGCACAUUUUCCUUAUCGGUGUGGAUGACUACAAGACUGUACCCCUCAAUGCUCUUUUUUCCAACUCACUCAUUUUGUCACUUCACAAAGACCUCCAUGUCAAAAUCAACCAGAAACUCGGAAUUGAUAUUGAUGCUAUCGAACGUGGGAUGCAUGGCGACAUCAAUCAAGACAUUGAGCCUGAUGCUCCUGCUGCUGACAUCAAAGGCUACUUAGAUGAAGAUCAGCCAAUGCAUGAUACAGAGAAUACUGACAAUAGUGGCAAUGGUAGCAGCCAUCAAGAUGAUGAGGACAAGAAUGCCAGGGAUGAAGGAGCAGAGGAUGAGUACCAGGACGAAGAAGAUCUACCAGCUGUCAGUGAGGGAAGCUCAGGAUUCAAAGGCAAAGGACGCCAUGCCAUUUACUCUUCAUCCAAGUUCUGGAAAUUCAUAGAUGACUCUCUCGAUGGCAUUUGCAAGCUAGCAAAGACCCAGGUCAGUGAGCAGGGACCAAACGGUUCUCUGACAUACGAACAUGCAUUUCGCAACAUCCUUGUGGAAUAUUUUCAACUAGACCUUGCUGAAUUUCCUGGAAAGAGAGUUGUUCCAAAGCUCCUCAGCACCACUAGUCCCCAGUGGCAGACUACCAUCCAGAACAAGCUCUUACAGGAAAUUUAA